CUUCUACAAGUUGGUUGCAUGCUGUAAAUAUGCUUCCUUCGUUGAAAGUGCUACAUUUGGCUGACUGUUCACUUCCUGGCAUUUCUACAUCUCUGUCACAUUUCAACCUUACAACUCUUGAUGUGCUUGAUCUUGGAGGAAAUCAGUUGCAGACCCUCGAGGAUCCAUCCAUUUACAUCGGUAAUUCGUAUCUCUGUGGGCCACCAAGUGCGAGAAAUUGUUCCGCAAAUGAAAUAAAUUAUAAGGAUAAUGAAGGGCCUAAAGAUAAGUUUGAGUGGCUAUGGAUAUAUUUUAGUGUUGUACUGGGAUAUCUAUCGGGUUUUGCAGUUUUUUGUGGUGUUUUGUUGCUCAAUAAUGCUUGGAGGAAUGCUCUUUUCUCUGUGAUUGAUAUUAUAUGUGACAAGCUUUGUAUUGUAACUAAAGUAACUUUGGCUAGAUUAAGACAAAGAUAUAGAAGAUGAAGUAGUUGGAAGAGUAGCAUCUUUAUUAA